UAUCAUUUUGAGCAUAGAAAUGCACAAUUAUACAUACCAUUAACUACCCGUAAAAUACAUAAAUAGAAUCUUGUCAAAAGUAGACAUAGGUGAAAAUCUUUGAUAAUUCUCGAAAUCUUCUCUGUUACGAGAAAGUAAGAAUUUUUUCGCAUUCAAUCACUUAUCGUUAUAAUGAGCAUUGAUCACAAUAAUAUUCGUUUUUUCUCUAAUUUUGGCGCAGCCUUUGACCCUUUGGUGCUUGGCUUGCACACCAGGUGUUCGUCAAAUUUCCCACAUGAAUGUUGUCAAAGUCACAUCUAUAAUCGAUUAACUUGCCUUUUUUUUUGUUCGAAAAGAAUUGAGUUCAGAGUUUAUUUUGAUCAUGGAACGAUGGUCCGGCGUUUUGAAGAUUCCGUUGGAUGCUAGUACUAGCAACUACUACAGAGUUGCAGCAUCUCUUGGCCUUUCUUCUUCUUCUCCUUCUUCCACAACUCUAACUGUGCCUUCUGCAAAUGCAAUAUUCUUUCAUGGUGACAAAGUUCAAGACACUGGGAAUCAUGUGAUUGAGAGGCUAUAUGAUUUGCAGAAAGUAGCUGAAAUCAUUGUUUCUAAAUUUGGCAACUCUGUUAAUGCUUGGGUUGUUGAAGCUUCUCUUUUUAGUGGACCAUUUGCUAUCUACAAAGACUUUGUUCCAUCAGUGAAUCACAAGGGAGCACCAAAAUCUUAUUCCCCACUUGGCUUCCCAGCUUCUUCAUCAGUUGUCUCCCUCUUAUCUAGUUGCUUCCAGGCGUCAAAGAACCUCAUUUUAAAGGAAGGCAAAGAAGUGUGUUUGAUAAACCAGAUUGCAUCAGUUCAUCACUGUCCCAGAACUAUUGUUCUUGGAUUUAGCAAAGGUGGAGUUGUGAUUAACCAGCUCAUGAGUGAGAUCAGUUCCUUGGAUACAAACUUUGCGGAAACUACAUCUGCAACGGUAGAAGAACCUACGAGCCAGCAUGAAAAGAUUCAGAUCAUUCCAGCCUCCAAAGAAAGCUUCCUCAACAGCAUUUCUGAAGUUCAUUAUAUCGAUGUAGGACUGAACUCUUCUGGUGCCUACAUUACGGAUCACAAUGUCGUGCAGAGAAUCUCUCAACGCCUCGCACGAAGAACAGACUCGCUACUACGCAUUGUCAUUCAUGGAACUCCUAGGCAGUGGUGUGAUGAGCAGCGAGGCUGGAUUCGCAAGGAAAAAGAUGAGUUGGUUCGUUUGCUCGAAGCUGAAACUGAAAAUUCCGGUGGGAAACUACAGGUUUGUGAAAGGUUCUAUUUUUCUGAUAGACUUGCUGAUUUGCAAAUGCACUUUGAGAUAAUUGAUGCUAUGGAUGUCUCCUAAACAUUUGCAUGAUAUAAAUGUCUCUUUCUCUAUGUGAACAUGAUGAAUAAAAUUAUAUGAAAUGGCAUGAAUGUCUUAUAUU